AUGGAACCGACAGCAGCAAAUCCAUCGCCAGAAUACCGCUUGAACGUCUUUAUACGAUGGACAUAUGGAUGGAUUAGUCCAUUAUUAAAAAAUGGAUACAAGCACCCGCUCCAACAAAAAGAACUUUGGGAUUUGGAUGCUCACCUUCAAGCUAAAAACAUUAAUGCAACGUUCGACGCCGCAUGGCAGAAAGAAUUACAGCGUCCCAAUGUCAAAUCAUCGCCAUCUAUACGACUUCUUCGAGUACUGUUUGCUGCAUUUGGCAAAGACCUUGUUCGCAGUGCUGGGGAUAUGGGUGUAACCAGCAUUUUAUCUGUUGGAUCGUCUGUUCUUUUAUUGUAUAUGAUUACGUGGAUUCAAGAUACUCAAGCUGGAGUUGCUACAUUUGGAGACUGGUUUGGCUAUGUCAUGGCAAUAUCCAUCUUUUUGGCCCAGUUAUUUACAACAUUUGCUGAUAAUUGGCAGCUUGAGCUUACAACUAAAACCGGAUACAACAUCAAAACAUCACUGAUUGCAGCACUCUACAAAAAAUCAUUGGUUCUUUCAGGAAAAUCCCGUCUAAAAUACUCUAUUGGAAUGAUUACAAAUAUCAUUGCUACUGACACGAAUCGAGUUGAUAUAGCUUGCCAAUACUUGAACAUGGGAUGGGGUGCUCCAUUCCAGAUUACUAUGGCUACUGCUCUUCUUAUAUGGACAAUUGGUCCAUCGGCUCUCGUUGGUCUUGCUGUCAUGUUGCUCUACAUUCCAGCUCAAUCUAAAAUCACUAGCAUGCUGACAUCCUCUCGACGCAAGGCCAAUGUAGAUGCUGACAGAAGAAUUAAACUUAUACAAGAAACGCUUCUUGGAAUUCGUGUCAUCAAGAUUUACUCGUGGGAAGAGAGCUUUGAAAAAGUAUUGUCCGACAUCAGAACGAUUGAACUCAAGCAUAUUUAUGGCUUUCUGCUAUCUCGUGCAAUCAUCGCUGGUAUAACACAGGCAGUUCCUACAUUUUCCAUGAUUGCCAGUUUUGUUUGCUUUUCGCUACUCGGCAAUGAGCUUAACCCUGCCAAAGUGUUUGCCUCACUGUCUCUGUUUUAUUCUUUCCGAUUUGCCUUGAUGUUUACUCCGUUGGUUAUUUCCCAGGUUACUGAUGCGUGGAUUGCAAUUGGACGGAUUGGUGCGCUUUUGCUUGCUGAUGAACUAGACAAUGCUCCUAAAAUGCUACCAUUAUCGCCUGAGAGUGCUGAACCAGCUAUUGAUAUCGAUGACGCUACGUUUGAAUGGGAUCAAGCUGAAGUAAGCAAAGAAGACUCAGUCAAUAGCCCCACACGCUCUUUUGAAAAGACGUUCAAACUUGACAAGCUCAAUAUCAAAAUUCCUCAAGGUAAACUUAUUGCAGUCGUGGGAACUGUUGGCUCUGGAAAAUCUUCGUUCCUCAAUGCUCUUGUCGGCGAAAUGCGCAAAGUGUCUGGUGAUGUGACAUUCCGAGGCACAGUCGGAUACUGCCAGCAACACGCAUGGAUUCAGAAUGCCACAGUAAAGGAAAAUAUAUUGUUUGGUAUGCCAUACAAUGCUGCCAAGUACAAGUCUGUCAUUCAUUCGUGUGCCCUUGAAAGUGAUUUUGCAAUUCUGUCUUCAGGAGAUUCAACCGAGAUUGGUGAACGUGGUAUCAAUUUGUCUGGUGGACAGAAGCAGCGCAUCAGUAUUGCCAGAGCAGUUUAUUUUGAUCCGGAUAUUGUCUUGUUUGACGAUCCGCUUUCGGCCGUUGAUUCGCAUGUUGGACGAUUUUUGUUUGAAGAAUGUAUUCUGAAAACACUAGAUGGAAAAACACGAGUACUUGUUACUCACCAGCUUCAUUUUUUGCCCCGAGUGGAUUACAUUUUAAUGAUGGACCAUGGACGCAUUGUUGCACAAGGCACAUUUGACGAAUUGUUCAAAACAAAUCUUGCGUUUUCAGCGCUCAUGCAAGAGUAUGGCGGUCUUGAUGACAAAUUGGAUGAAGAAGUUGAAAAGCCCAAAUUGGCGGAAAACUCAAUCAAAAAUGCUGUUGUCAGGAAAAACUCGGAUACCUUGGCAAAGUCUGAAUCUAUUAAAAAGAGCAUCAAUGAGCCGCCUCCAGACGGCCAUCUCAUGACAGUAGAAGAGCGCAACACAGGACUUGUUGAUACUCGUUUUUACAUGUCAUAUCUCAAAAUGGCUGGUGGAAUGACGGCUGCAUUCACAAUCUUAAUUGUUCUUAUUUUAUCUCAAGUACUCCGAGUUAUGACGGAUCAAUGGCUUGCAUACUGGUCUUCAAAUCGUUUCCAUUUACAUCGUGAUACUUACAUUGGAACCUAUGUUGGCCUGGGUGCGGUUCAGGUUAUUACUAGUGUUUCCUAUGGUGCCAUUGUGUCAUAUUUUGGAGCAAUAGCCUCGAAACAGAUUCACGAACAUGCUCUUUCCGGUGUGUUUCGAUCACCUAUUUCGUUUUUUGAUUCUACACCAUUGGGACGUAUUACUUCUAGAUUUAGCAGAGACGUGGAUGGCGUGGACAGCACUUUGCCAGAUUCAAUUCGAGUAGUAGUUCAGUGCUUGACAAUGACCUUGUCCAACUUUGUGCUAAUAUCAGUCGUAUUUCCAUAUUUCCUUAUCCCACUCGCACCCAUACUUGUUGGAUUUUAUUUAUUGCAAGCAUACUACCGUUCCACUGCCCGUGAACUGAAGCGACUGGACUCUGUAUCUAGGUCUCCAUUGAUUGCCAAUGUGUCUGAAACCUUGACAGGAUUAGCCACAAUUCGUGCAUAUAAUUCUACCUCACGAUUUGUAAACAAGACAUAUACGUUGAUAGAUGAUUGUAACCGCAACUACUAUCCAUCUAUCAUGAUUCAACGGUGGAUUCAACUUCGCUUGGAAAGCUUAAAUGCCAUUUUGGUUCUUAUGGCAGCGAUAUUUGCAGUGAUUCAGAAAUCACAUAUUGGUGCAGGGGUUGCAGGGUUAGUUGUUGCCUAUGCGAUUCAAGUUACUUCUGUGCUUAACUGGAGUGUGAAGCGUGCAACCGAGACUGAGUUGAGCAUGAAUUCGGCUGAGAGAUUAAUCCAUUAUGCCGAGGAACUGACUCCUGAAGCACCCGAUGUUGUCACCAAGGAUACACCUGGUGCCAUUUUGGAUCUACCUGCUUCGUGGCCACAGACUGGUCAUAUCAAUAUCGAUCAAGUUGUAUUAAGAUACAGAAAAGAUCUACCUCCCGUGCUGCAUGGUGUGUCAUUUGUUGUUCAUCCUGGACAAAAAGUUGGAAUUGUUGGAAGAACAGGCGCAGGAAAGUCAAGUAUUAUGUCGAGUAUUUUGCGACUGUUUGAAAUCGAGUCUGGAUCUGUUAUUAUCGAUGGUGUAGAUGUCAAGCACAUUGGACUGCGCGAUCUUCGUCGUCGAAUUGGUGUAAUUCCACAAGAGCCUGUUUUGUUUUCAGGCACCGUCAGAUCAAAUUUGGAUCCGUUUAGUCAAUACCAAGAUUCAGAGUUGUGGAGUGCGCUUGAGCGUGCUAAUCUCAAACCAACAGUUGCAGAAGCUUCAGGUGGACUAGACUCUGUGGUGACUGAAAACGGUGAUAAUUGGUCGACGGGUCAACGCCAACUCAUUUGUCUUGCACGGGCAAUGCUCAAGAAUGCCAAGAUUAUUAUGCUGGACGAAGCCACAGCAUCUGUUGAUAUGGCUACGGAUGACUUUAUCCAAAAGGCGAUUCGCAAAGACUUUGCAUCAACAACAACAGUAUUGACAAUUGCGCAUCGACUCAACACUAUUGCAGACUAUGAUAUGAUUCUAGUACUGGGUUCAGGCAGAGUGAUCGAGUUUGAUAGUCCCAGAAAUCUACUGGCAAAUCCAAACAGCCAUUUCUUUGGAAUGGUUGCCGAAACAGGACCAGUCAAUGCAGAUCUAAUUCACAGUUUGGCCAAUGGCAAAUCAUUGAAUUCUGUCGUUGCCUAAACUCACAGAACCUGACUUUGGUUCUGCCUGUAAUAUUGUUUUUGAAUAAUAGAGCUGAUGUUUUAUUGUUGGCAACCUUACAAAAUCAAAACACAAAUAAAAAGUUUAAACCAG